AUGUGGCACCUGCUCACCUGUUCCUCCUCUCUCCUUCCCCGGGCCCCUCCCCUUUGAGGCGGGCUUCUAGGGGCAGGAUUCCCUCCUCUCGCGGUUCCUUUUCCUGCCAAGAUCCUCCCCUUCUCUGUCCCGGCGUCUUCCUCUCGUUCCCUCUCUCUGGGAGCGAGCCUGCGGUUCGGCCGCUAUGUCUCUGUGGCCCGAGGAGCUAGGCAGCCCGGCGGCAGCCGGAUCGCUUCUCCUGUGCGCCGCGCAGUUGGCAGUGGGCUAUGCGGUGGGCAGCAGUCUGGGCCGCGGGGUGGGCGCUGCUGACCGCUGGGCGCUAGUCUGGCUCUGCUAUGAUGCCCUGGUGCAUUUCACGUUGGAAGGUCCCUUUGUCUACUUGUCUUUAGCAGGAAGUGUGGCAGACUCGGAUGGCAUAAUUGCUUCAUUAUGGAAAGAGUAUAGCAAAGCAGAUGCAAGAUGGCUUCAUUCAGAUCCCACCAUUGUAUCCCUGGAGAUGCUGACUGUUGUUUUGGAUGGAUUUCUGGCCUUGCUCCUCAUUUAUGCAAUAGUAAAAGAGAGGUACUAUCGGCAUUUCAUUCAGAUUACACUCUGUGUGUGUGAACUGUAUGGUGGGUGGAUGACCUUCUGUCCAGAUUGGCUAAUUGGAAGCCCGAACCUUAACACAAGCAAUUGGCUUUAUCUUUGGGUCUACCUGGUGUUUUUUAAUGGUGUAUGGGUAUUGAUCCCAGGACUACUACUGUGGCAGUCAUGGAUAGGACUCAAGAAAAUGCAUCAGAAGGAAAUGAAGCCAGGAAAAAAGUUCAGAUGAAUUUUCAAAAUCACAACUGUAUUCUUUGUCCAUAAGUCAUCGUGGUUUUAACCUAUGAUUGUGUGAUAAAAAUGCAAUCACCAAUGCUUUUUGAAGUUGUUUUUCUUCCAGUUGUAUUUUGUAUACCAAUUUGCUUUCUUUAUAGUAAAAUAGAGGGAAUGGAGGGCUCGGGGUGUGUGUGUGUGUGUAGGAUUUUAAGAUUAUAUGUAGGGAUAAAUUAAUGCAAUAUAACUUCUGCCAAUAAUGCUCAUAAAAAUAAUUGUUAAAUUGUGCCAUAUUAAUUAGCACAUCCCAAAGUUUACUCUGGAUCUUCUGGUGUAGUGUAUGGUCUGGGCAGACAUCUUUAUGACACCUCCAAAUAGUUCACUUUAUGGAUUUGGAGAGUUAGCAUAUUUCUUAUCCUAAAAUUACUCUCAAAAAGAAUUUAAACUUUAUGUUUUAGGAUAAUUACACAUUCUACCCCUGUGCCUGAUAGAGUGUGGGGCUCAGAGAAGACCUGCCUCUGACAUAUGUCAAAAAGCCUCAACCUCGAACCCCAAACAAGUUCAAGUCCUCUUGCAUUAGUUAAAAAAAUUUUUCAUUAAUCCCAUUGGGAUUGAUUGGUCUCUUUGACCCUGUGCUUGACUGGCACUAUGUAGGCUAGCUUUGUGCUUCUUUAGCACUGUGCAGUGGCUCUUUUUGUAGUCCCGUCUCCUGGAAUCAGACACAAUCAUUAAGCAAAGUCCCAUAAUUUUUAAAUAAUGAAUGGCAUUAUUUCUAUAGUCUAAAGCUUUUGGGUAUGCAUUGACAUUAAAGUUAAUGGACAUUUUAAACUUAUCCUAGUACAAAAUCAAAAACUUCUUAAUAUUGAUAAUGUGCUUUGAGUUCACAAAAGGAGAGAAAAUAUAAAAACUCGAAUAUUAUGUUGCAUAUACAAGGGAAAAAUAAUAAAAAAAUGUUUUAAAAAUAAAAAUAUAUAGCUUACAAUCAGUGACAUAUUGUGUCAGCCAAGAAAAGGUAGAAUACAAAGGUUUCUCACCCAAAAAACGAGAUCCAUUUCCUUUUUAACUUGGCCAUGAUCCACUGUGUGAGUGCAAUGAUUUUCACAAAGUAACAGCUUUAUAAAACAGUAGUACAAUAGAUAAUGCACAUUUAUUCAUAAUAGCUCAGUUAAUGACAAUAACAAACAAACCCACUAUUAUAUAGGAGUCACAUGAAUUGCUAUAUAGCCACUUGAUAUGUGACAUUUAAAAAAUGUAUGAAUUGAUAAAUACUUGUCACAAGUUCUAUAGAUGUAGCAAACCUUUCAACCUUGGCAAAGAUAUUUUUAACAAAGUCUAUUACUGCCAUUAUCCUAAAAUUUGGCAGAAAAACCUAGAUCUGGCUUCAGAUACUUCCUAAUUAUAUGGUCCUGAGCUAGUCACUUAAUACCUUGCCACUCUUCUAUAUUACAAUUGCUACCAAGAUAGAAGGUAAAGAUUUUUUUUCAAGUUUCAGUUUCAGGGAAAAGAUUAGAGAUGCUUGAAGGCACUGAGCAAUUUUCCAUAUGUGAUCAUACCACAAACUUUGGUAUAACUGGAAAUCUUAUGCCUUUGAACUACACUUCCCAGGAGCCCACUGACUUCCUGUCAUUACAUGCUGAUAUAGACAAGGGAUAAAUAGGGUGGUCUUCCGUGGCUAGCUCUCUUUCCUUCCUGGGUGGGAACAUUGGUGGAGCAGGCUGUUUAAACAGCUAGAUUAGCCAUGGGCAUGUUGUUUUAUUUUGUUACCUUUUUAUUUUGUUACUUCUCGUGAUUAUUAAUAAAUCUUACAAAAUAUAAUAUUUGAAGUUAUUGCAUAUUAAUUUAAUUUUUAUAAUGAUGGCAGCCACUAAAGUUAGAGAAAAAAUUCUCAAUUUUUUAAGAUAGCCUAGAUACAUUUUGAAAAGCCACAUUUCUCCUGCCACAGCUUUUUGCUGCCCCCAUCUCCACCCUGAGAACUCUGAACUCUCUUUGAAGUUGCUGCCCUCUUCCUGCUGUUUUUUUUUUCUAUAUUUUUCCCAGCCACCCCACCCACCCAGCCAGGGGCUUUUGUCUGAGAAGGUAUAAGCGGCUUCUCUCAUCCAUCUGCUUGAGCCAGCGUUCCUUGCUGCUGCCUCUGGCAUUGCUGCUGCUGAUCUAGCCUUCUGCUGUUAACUCCCUGGGUUGUCCCACCCAUCCACUCCUGCUCCUCCUACUUUUGCUGCUGUUGCUGUUACUGUUGCUGAUUGCUGCUGCCUCCUCUUUAGAACACACAAGCUGGGAGUCCUUGGAGCUGCUCUCCUGGCAGCUGGUAAAGUACAUUGCCAAAAACUGAGUGCUAAUUUGAACUUUGGGGGGUUGAAUGCAUUUGUAUUGUAUAUAUACUCUUAUGCUCAAUGGGGACUGCACCCUAAUUAGCUUUUUGUCAAUGCACCUAGCAAUCAUUGGUUUUGUUCUCUUUCCCUUUUAUCCCAAAAUUAUUGUAAUUUCAAAGUUGGUUAUGUUUACAAGAUCCAUUGGAGAGAUUAGUCUUCCAAGGGAUCUCAUGGGGGGAAAUGUUUAAUUGGAAAUCUUGUCCCUUUGAAAUAUACUUCCCAGGAGUCCACUGACUUCCUGUCAUUAUGUGCUCAUGUAGAUAGGGGAUAAAUAGGGUGAUCUUUUGUGGAUAGCUGUCUUUCCUUCCUGGGUCAGGACAUUAGUGGAGUGGGCUGUUUGAACAGGUAGAUUAGCCAUGGGCAUGUGGUUUUAUUUUGUUACAUUUUUAUUUUGUUACUUCCAGUGAUUAUUAAUAAAUUUUAUAAAAUAUAAUAUCUUAAGUUAUUGUAUAUUAAUUUUUAUACUUCUUAAAAUGCCAAAAUUUAAAAAUAUGUGAAACUAAUUUACAUUCUGUUGUUAAUGACUGGUAACUACUUAUUAGAUCUGUACUCCUCCUGGCUCUGACAGACUCUAUGCAAGCUGGUUAUAUAUCACAAAUAAAGCUUUAAUUACAAA